CAUCUCACCGGAAUUUUCCUACUCUUAUUAACUUCCCCAGUUAAUGGGUGGCGUCCAUGGCCCAACCAAAAGCCCAACACCACCGAUUUAUUGUACAGCCCAUCCAAAAAGUAUGAAGGCUCAUCGGACUUAAUCCGGUUAAAAUACCACAUGGGCCCUGUUCUCACUGCCAACAUCACCAUUUACCCCAUUUGGUACGGCCGAUGGGGCAAAUCUCAGAAAAGAAUUAUCCGGGAGUUCAUCAACUCAAUCUCCGCUGUCGAUUCCAAGCCGCCGUCAGUUUCCGGUUGGUGGAAAACAGUCCAACGUUACACCGACCAAACCGGAGCCAACAUCUCCGGUAAUGUACGCAUCGGAGCUGAAAAAAGCGACCGGUUUUACUCUCAUGGUAAAUCGUUAACCCGUUUAUCAAUUCAGUCUGUGAUAAAAUCUGCCGUCACUGCAGCCAGUACAACUCUCCCUUUACCGAUAAAUUCCAAAAGCGGUGUGUAUUUACUACUCACAUCUGAUGAUGUGUAUGUUGAAAAUUUCUGCCAAGAUGUUUGUGGAUUUCACUAUUUCACUUUCCCUUCAAUUGUGGGUUACACUUUACCAUACGCAUGGGUAGGUAACUCCGGCAAACUAUGUCCAGGUGUUUGUGCAUACCCGUUUUCCGUACCCGAUUACAUGGGUCGUGGUUUCAAAGCUGUGAAAUCGCCGAAUAAUGAUGUGGGUGUUGACGGAAUGAUUAGUGUGAUUGCUCAUGAAA